AUGAGUAAUACCGGUGGAAUAACCUAUUACUACUUCAUAGAUGAUCUCAAAAAAGAUUUGGAACAUAAUAUGGAAACUGUUUUAGAUGAAGAUUCUGCUACAACUGUUACAACUCAGACGUCUAGCUUCUCAAGAACUUCAAGAUCUAAAGGAUCCUCUAAAUCAACCAUUUUACAGAACAAACAAAAAGAAAAGGAAGAACUAGAUACUCAAAUUUUACUCUAA